AUGGCGAUUAAAUUGAUCGUUGAAGGGUUCACCUUGAACAUUAUUAGUGCUUACGCGCUGCAAACGGGUUUGGACGAGGAGGAAACAAGGCGGUUUUGGGAGGACUUAGACGAAGUGGUGGUAAGUAUACCGUCUACUGAGAAGUUAUUCAUAGGAGGAGAUUUCAAUAGGCACAUUGGGUCUGUUUCGAGGGGCCAUGAUGAGGUGCAUGGAGGAUUUGGCUUCGGGGACAGGAAUGGUGGUAGAGUCUCACUCCUGGAUUUCGCAAAGGCUUUUAGAUUGCUGGUAGCCAACUCGAGUAUUCCAAAGAAGGAGGAGCACUUGGAAAAAAGUUCUGUUGCUCUUGUGGCUCAAGAGAAAUUCUCAUAA